CAGCGCUCAGCUCCUCGCAGGCACAACGAGGCGCCAGAGCCGCUGAAAACUUAGCCGCGCGGCAGCGAACUCGAGCGGCUUGUUUUCGUUUUCUUUUCACGGGGCAUUCAAUGGAGUGUAAAGCCCGCGCGAUCUCGAUGCGUUCGGACUGAUUUCACUUUAGGGGAACUUGCUACGAGCUUGCAAGGAUGAAGUACAAGAAUCUUAUGGCACGAGCCCUCUAUGAUAAUGUCCCAGAAUGUGCAGAAGAGUUAGCCUUCCGCAAAGGUGACAUUUUGACAGUGAUAGAACAGAACACUGAAGGAUUGGAAGGAUGGUGGCUCUGCUCCUUACAUGGAAGGCAAGGCAUUGUUCCUGGGAACCGUGUGAAACUUCUGAUAGGUCCUGUGCAGGAGAAUCCUUCUAGCCAAGAAAUGCCAAGUGCAGGAUCAGUUCCUCAACCCUUUAACCAGCAGAAGGCCUACCAAGUACCAAGUGCACAUGCUUCUCCUCGUGACCCAGUCUACCAAGUGCCACCUUCUUACAUGAAUCAAGGGAUCUACCAGAUACCAACUGGUCAUGGUCUUCAAGGGCAAGAUGUGUACCAGGUGCCUCCAUCUGGGCAAAGAAGUCUUGGCGGAAUUGAUGGUUCUCCUAUAAGCAACAAGGUAGUAACUCCAGUCAGGUCAGGACAAGGUUAUGUUUACGAGUUCCCUUCCAAAUACCAGAAGGACACCUACGAUAUCCCACCAGUUCGUCCUCUCCAAGGGAUAUAUGAUGUCCCCCCUGCGUCAUUUAAAGGCCCUGCUCAAGCAACUCAAGCGGGAGAUGUGAAAUCUCAAGGGGUGUACGACAUUCCUCCCACAAAAGGGAUAUAUGCCAUCCCCCCUUCUGCCUGCAGAGACGACGCGGAUUCCAGGGAACACUUGCCGGACUUGGCUCCCUGCGUGAAGCAUGAUAUGAGACCAGAAGGCGUAUACGAUGUUCCUCCUCCCAUUGCCAAAGCAGCUGCAAAAGAAGGCGGACAGAAAUGUCUUUGCAACCCAUCUCCCACUUUCGAAGGAACUUCACACCAACGUGGCAUGUAUGACAUCCCAGUGAGCCAUCAGACUCAGUAUGUUGGGCAGCAAACAGCUCCCCAGAUGGAUGUCUAUGACACCCCCCGGGGAAUCUCGUUCCCUGGACAACACUUGGGAUUCAUUGAUGGUCUAAACCCUGAAGGAAAAGAGGGUGUCUAUGAUGUGCCACCGCAGGUCACGCAGGACACUAAAAGAUUGCAGGACGUGACCGAUGGGAUGAACAGGUUAUCUUUUUCCAGUACGGGAAGCACCAGGAGUAACAUGUCCACUUCUUCCACGACAUCAAAGGAGUCUUCUUUUUCAGCCUCUCCUUCUCAGGACAAACGAUUGGUGUUGGAUCCUGACACAGCCAUAGAGAGACUUUACUGGCACCAACAUGCAGUGGAGACCACUGUCUCUGGUUUAAUGGCCUUUGUCAGCCCAGACUGGCGGUCUUACGAGUCCAUGGAGAAGCACAUCAACAAGAUCCGCACUGCAGUUGACAAGGUGGAGCAGUCGCUGGUUGACUACCUUCAUUUUGCCAAAGGAGCAACUGCCAAUGCUUCCUUUAUCCCCGAGCUCAGUCUCUACAAUAAAAUGAGAAGGGAGCUGCAGAGGCUGGAAGAUUCUCAUCAGAUUUUGACCCAGACCAGCCAUGACCUCAACAAUUGCAGCUGGUCCUUGAAUGUCCUGGCUAUCAACCGGCCUCAGAACAAAUGCGAUGAUCUGGAUCGGUUUGUUAUGGUGGUGAGGACAAUACCAGAUGAUGCCAAGCAGCUGACCACCAGCAUUAGCAUCAACGCUGAAGUGCUUUUCAGACAAGUGCCUUGCGACUCACAUGGAAAGAGCGCACCGGAAAGCCUUGGGCCCACUGUGGAUUAUGUAUAUGACAGUCCUCAAGCCCAGACAAUGUUUCAUCCUGGAGACAAAAGCCAGGACCACUGCAGUUCUUUGUCGCCACUUCUGUCUCAAGACCAGCAUUACCAAUGCAGCAGCAAUGGCUCAGAAAAGAGCUGGAUGGAUGAUUAUGAUUAUGUACACUUGCAGGGUAAGGAGGAGUUUGAAAGGCAACAGAAGGAGCUUCUGGAAAAGGAAAAUAUAAUCAAGCAGAACAAAAUACAGCUGGAGCAUCAUCAGCUGAAUCAGUUCCAGUGGCUGGAGCAAGAGAUCACAAAACCGGUGGAAAAUGACAUCUCCAAAUGGAAGCCGCCUCAAGGUCUUCACCCUACAAACAGCCUGCUGGUCUCUCAAGACAGGCAACUGCUUUUGUUUUAUUCAGACCAGUGCGAGACUCACUUCAUUUCCCUUUUGAACGCCAUUGACGCCUUCUUCAGCUGCAUCAGUGCUGCCCAGCCACCGCGGAUCUUUGUUGCUCACAGCAAGUUUGUUAUCUUAAGCGCUCACAAACUGGUGUUCAUCGGGGAUACCCUGACGAGGCAGCUGGCUACUCAGGAAAUACGCAACAGUGUUAUGAACUCCAGCAACCAGCUUUGCGAAUUGCUUAAAAGCAUUGUGAUGGCAACCAAGGGGGCCGCUUUGAAUUAUCCCAGCACAGCAUCCUUGCAAGAAAUGGUGGACCGAGUGACAGAACUCUCCCACUAUGCCCAGUUGUUUAAGCGCUCCUUGGUACAGAUGGCAUCUUACUGAGAUGCAUAAAAUUGACUCUCUCCAACAAGGAAUAACACUUAGAAAAGAACUGGAAAUAUUUUCUAUGUCAUGUAAAUAAUAAUAAUAAUAAAACCUGAUCAUUUAUUUUUUUGUAGAUAUUUUAUAUUAAAUAUUUUAAAUUCCUUUUUAUGGUUUAGAAAUUUAUUAUAAAGGUUUUCAGCAAUCUCAGUCUGUUUCUUUAUCAUUUUGAAUAUAUAAAAUGAUAUUCUGCAUAUAUGUAUAUGUUUGCAACAUUCCAUAAAGUCAUGAAGCACCUUAAGAAAAGCAUCCCGAGUGGUGGUGUCUGUGUGGCCUCAGUUUUUCAAGUAUCAUUGGUUGGAUACUUGUUUUACCUUUGGGGGACUAUAAUGUAUAUUUCAUUUGAGCUUCUUUUGUGUCACAACAACAAGGCAGUUACGGUUGUAGCAAUUGCUUGAGAAAAAUAUAGGGUUGGUUCCAGCCAGUUGUUUUGUUCAAUCUUGGCAAAUUUGGCCAUUUCCCCAUUGUCUAAAAAUAGCGUGACACUCACGGUGGCUUGUUCACGCUGUUUCUGACAUCACCUGGAUGCAGGCAGUUACGAUGGCACUAUGAAAACGGAAUCAUCACUGCCUGCAUCUGGGUGAUGUCAGAAAUAGCGUGAACAAGCUGCCAGCAUUCCGUGCCGCUCUAUUUUUAGAAUGUGGGGAAACAGCCCUUGUUACAGUCGUUGUCCCACAUGGCUUUUCUCCAUGGAGGUUGCAUUACCCCACAAAGCCUUUUUGGUAGUCAAAGUGGACCCACCAUCCCUUUUUCAUCAGUGGAAAAGUUGGUUGGAUCCAACCCACAGUUUUAGUCCCUUUGUAAAACAAGCCCUACUUUAUACAGAUCCCUACUAAACAAGUGUACCUUUUUGUGGCACAUUUCUGCACAUUUAUUUAGAAACAAAAGUCAUUUAUUUCUAUGCUCAGAAAUGCAGAUUUAAUUUUACUUUGUAUUCUGAGAGUCAGUCAUUUCAAGUACUUUAGAGUGUUCCUGUAACAAGAAGCAACCUAAUAAGAACACACUUUGUAAAAUUUAGGAUGAAAAUUUCAAGUGUUUUGAAAAACAGUCAUGUUUCAUGCACCAAAGGAGACUCUAACUCUCGUUAAGAAUGCUUCUCUAAUUUAGAUGGAUUCCAACAAUAUCCAUCUGGUUAUCUCAUGUAUUUGCAUUAGUCAGUCAAUCUUGCUACAUUGCAAAAAGUCUUGUGUAGCCUUGGGAUACUUCUUCAGAGUAUCACUCAAUGCCUGCAAUGUGCAGAGAGAACUAUUUCACCUAUAUAACCUUUUGUAAAAUUGCACAGAUGUUCAAAGUGUUCACUGAUGCAGCCCCCCUGACUCAUCAAAGAAUAUGUCACAGACUCCUGUGGGUCACGCCUAAACAGAACUUUGUACGUGGCAGUUUUUGCACAUGCAGACUUCUUUUGAUGUAUGCAAAAGUUUCUUUGCGUUGUAGCCAAAUGGGAUUACUGAAAUAAAAUUUAAAAAUUUGAAUCCUU